GGCGCGCGGGAAGCGGCGCGCGCGGCGGCGGGAGCUGGCGGCCCAGCGGCCUGAACGCAUCCCUGCAGCUCUCUCUCCUCAGUCUUUGGAGAACCAACGGGGGCACCCCAACCCCCACCCCCACGCACCACCCCCUGAGGAACUGUGUUUCGCUCCUUGAAGACUCCGGAGGAUGAAAGUCAUCACUUGCGAGAUCGCCUGGCACAACAAGGAGCCGGUGUACAGCCUGGACUUCCAGUAUGGAGCCGCCGGGAGGAUCCACCGGCUGGCCUCCGCGGGGGUGGACACGGCUGUCAGGAUCUGGAAGGUAGAAAAAGGACCAGAUGGAAAGGCCAUCGUUGAAUUUUUGUCCAAUCUUGCUCGUCAUACCAAAGCGGUCAAUGUCGUACGUUUUUCUCCAAAUGGGGAAAUUUUAGCAUCAGGAGGGGACGAUGCUGUCAUUCUGCUCUGGAAGGUGAAUGAUAACAAGGAGCCGGAACAGGUUGCUUUUCAGGAUGAGGAUGAGGCUCAGCUGAACAAGGAGAAUUGGACUGUCGUAAAAACCCUGAGGGGCCACUUAGAAGACGUGUAUGAUAUUUGCUGGGCAACUGACGGGAAUUUAAUGGCUUCUGCCUCUGUGGACAACACGGCCAUCAUGUGGGACGUUAGUAAAGGCCAGAAGAUCUCAAUUUUUAAUGAACAUAAAAGUUACGUACAAGGAGUAACCUGGGAUCCUUUGGGUCAAUAUGUUGCUACCCUGAGCUGUGACAGGAUCCUGAGGGUGUACAGCACGCAGAAGAAACGUGUGGCUUUUAACGUCUCAAAGAUGCUGUCUGGAGUGGGGGCCGAAGGAGAGGCGAGAAGUUAUCGGAUGUUCCACGAUGAUAGCAUGAAGUCGUUCUUCCGUAGACUGAGUUUCACUCCUGAUGGAUCUUUGCUUCUCACACCAGCUGGGUGCGUGGAAUCCGGUGAAAAUGUAACGAACACGACUUACGUAUUCUCCAGGAAAAAUCUUAAAAGGCCCAUUGCCCACCUCCCGUGUCCCGCGAAGGCGACGCUUGCUGUCCGCUGCUGCCCCGUCUACUUCGAGCUGAGGCCAGUGCCAGAAGCAGAACCGGGCAUGGAGCUGAUAAGCCUGCCGUACCGCCUGGUGUUCGCCGUGGCUUCCGAGGACUCGGUGCUUCUGUACGACACCCAGCAGCUGUUCCCAUUCGGCUACGUGUCCAACAUCCAUUACCACACCCUGAGUGAUAUUUCCUGGUCCAGCGAUGGGGCCUUCCUGGCCAUCUCUUCCACGGAUGGUUAUUGCUCCUUUGUGACGUUCGAGAAAGAUGAGCUGGGAAUCCCCCUGAAAGAGAAGCCGGUUCUGAGCGUGCGAACUCCCGAUACAGCGAAGAAAACCAAGGGUCAGACCCCCUCUGGGUCUUCUCCAGGACCCAGGCCGGGGGAGGGGACCCCCACCGGCAGAAUCCAGGACCCCAGCAGCCCCUCCACCACCCCCCCGCAGGCGAAACAGUCUCCGGGCCCCCCAGCGGCCAAGGACACCCCCGCGGUCGCGCUUGGUGCCAGAGGCUCCCCAGCAGGGCCCCCCAAGGAGAAGCCCCUUCAGCCCAGCGGCCAGAACGCCAAGGCCCAGCCGUCCCGGAGGGUCACCCUGAACACCCUGCAGGCCUGGAGCAAGCCCGCACCCCGGAGAAUAAACUUAAUACCCUUAAAGACAGAUUCUCCACUGAACUCCAUAUCAACCCCUAUAACUUCCAGCCCUUCCACAGAGGAAAUUCCAUCAGCCUCAGAGACGCCUGCAGACCCUCAGGUCAGCCCCCCGGAACUGAAGCGGCCCCGACUUGGUGAGCAUGGAGAAGGACCCCGAGUCACGGACCCUCGAUGAGACCUGUCCUGUGCCUGAAGGUGGCUAGCUCUGGGGCCCGCGGAUGCCAGCGAGAGGUGGGCCUGAAGGCAGCUGAGAGCAGCGCCGUCCGUCGGAAGUGGAUUUCUCCAAUGGAAGAUACACGUGGCCUGGUCUUCUCCAGAGAUAUGCCGCCUCUUGUAUUUAGGAUUUGUUUUUACCUCGAAGAUGCGAACAUCUUAAUAGAUUGCAUUUUCAUUUUCUUGAGUUUCUGAGAUGGGAGCCCUGUAUCGUCCGUGGGGUCGCAAAGACUUGGAUACGACUAAGCGCCUUUUACUUUCAGUGUUCCCUGAUGUGAAAAUGAGUGACUCCUGCCUCGGAAUAUUUGUAUGAAAACGCAGACACUUGACGGUGGACUCUCCUACAGCCGGAAUUAGAGGAGUCAGUACUUUGAGAAGGUUUAUUCCAUUGGGUUUUAGUGUGUUGGGUUAUUUGAUCAACUCAGCUUCUAAAUAGUUAAUUAACUUUUGGAAGUUUGUUAUGUUUGCUUUCAGAUUUUAAAGGUAAUAAUGCUGUUUUUAGAAAGAUAGUAAACUAGAGUGAAUUAGGGGGAAAACCGGGGUUGGAGGUGGAAAUCACCCAUCUCCGAAGGAAAUGGAGUGGAAGGAAACCCUUGCUACUGUUUCAGCAUAUUUCCUUUUAAAAAUCUUUUUUUUAUGUUA